AUGACAAGCCUUCACCCUUUUGACCCGAUUACUCCAGGGGAGAUCCAACUAGCCGUUCGGAUCUUACAAUCUUCUUUCCCAGGUGUCAAAUUACGUUUCAAGCGUAUUGACCUUCAGGAACCCAUCAAACAAGAUGUCAUUCCCUACAUCGAGGCCGAGCGAUUGGGCAAGCCCCGCCCUCGUAAGCCUGCACGGUUAAUGAUGGCUUUGUUCCACCGUCUUGACAACGGAUCAUUCUUCAAGGCCCUUCUGAACGCGGACACCAAAUCUAUCGUGUCCGCUAAAGAACUCCCCAAGGAUAUCCAGGGCCCUGUUGAUGUGGACGAAAUGAUCGAAAUGGAGCAAGUCUGUCUGAAUCACCCCGCUGUCAAGGCAGAGAUUGAAAAAUUGAAGCUUCCCUCCGGCAUGACUGUGUGCCUGGAUCCAUGGAUCUACGGCACAGAGGAUAUUCAGGAGACCCGCAGACUGUUCCAAUGUUAUAUGUAUAUUGUGGCUACGGACCACCCGGGCAAUAAUCAGUAUUCUCUUCCUUGUCAAUUCUCUCCGGUCUUUGAUGGAAUCACCCAUGAGCUAGUCCGCAUGGACUAUCUGCCAGGUGGUGCUGAUUCUCAGACUACUGAGACACAACCGUGGAAGCCCGUUCCCACUGUUCAAUAUGCUCACGAGUUACUUGACGAGCCCCUGCGAACCGAUCUCAAGCCUUACAUUGUCCAGCAACCUGAGGGUGCCUCCUUCAAUGUUAUCGGAAAUGCUGUCUCAUGGCAAAAAUGGCGUUUUCGUGUGGGCUUCAACAACCGUGAAGGUUUGGUCUUGCAUAACCUCACAUACGAUGGUCGCAACACAUUUUACCGUCUGUCGUUCUCGGAGAUGACAGUUCCAUACGGAGAUCCCCGUGCUCCUUAUCACCGAAAGCAAGCUUUUGAUGUCGGUGAUGUCGGUUUUGGUAUCACAGCCAACCAGCUUGCUCUCGGUUGUGACUGCCUGGGACAUAUCAAGUACUUCGACGGUUACCGCACAGAUGCCCAGGGUGAACCUAUCCAGCUCAAAAAUGUCAUUUGUAUGCACGAGCAGGACAACGGUCUGCAGCACAAGCACACCAACUACCGCAGCGGUGCGGCGACAGUUGUUCGCAACAGACAACUAGUAGUCCAAAUGAUUUGCACUGUCGCGAACUAUGAAUACAUCUUCGCUUUUAUUCUUGAUCAAGCGGCUAAUAUCGAGCUUGAAGUUCGCGCAACCGGUAUUCUGUCUACGGUGCCUUUUGAUAACCACAACGGUCAGACAGUCCCAUGGGGCACAAACGUUGGACCGGGCGUGAUGGCACCCUACCACCAGCACAUGUUUUCUCUACGUGUGGACCCCGCCCUGGAUGGAUUUAAGAACACUAUCUACUAUGAGGAUAGCGUGCCUAUGCCGGAGGAUGACUCGAACCCUUGGUCUGUGGGCUACACGACUGAAAAGAAUAUUAUUAAACAGAGUGGCAGUGCCUGGACAAGCGUGGAUCGUCACCGAGUUUUCAAAAUUCGCAACGACAAUAUAAUCAACUCGGUCACACACCACCCUAUCUCUUAUAAGCUGCAAACCUCCCCGAGUCAAAUGAUUCUGGCUUCUGCCAAAUCAUUCGGAACAAAGCGUGCUCAGUUCGCGACUCGACCUAUCUGGGUGACUAAGUAUCAAGAUGAUGAGUUGUUUGCUGCGGGCGAGUUCACAAACCAGAGCAAGAGCUCCGAUGGUGUGGAGAUCUGGGCUGGCAGAAAUGAUGCCGUGGAAGAUGAAGACGUGGUUCUUUGGCACACAUUUGGCCUUACCCAUAAUCCUCGAGUUGAGGAUUUCCCGGUGAUGCCUAUGGAGCGUGUGAGCGUGAUGCUCAAGCCAGAUGGCUUUUUCACCAAGAACCCGGCAUUGGAUGUUCCACAGUCUUCGCAGACUUUCAACCAGUCCACCGAGCACCCUGAGCCGACAUGUUGCUCUGGCCCACAGGACCGGAACCAGGUCAAGCUGUAG